CUCAAUUUGUCAACUGUUUCUCAUUCAUUCUUAGUUCUUUGCCAAUGCCUCAACUUAAGCUACUUUUCACUCUUCUUUACACUUUAACCAUUUUGAGUUAUGUUUCCACUACUGAAUUUGUCUAUAAUACAAACUUCAACUCCAAAAACAUUAUCCUAUAUGGAAAUGCAACCAUUAACAAAUCCAUUCUCACUCUGACUAAUGACACUUCUACUUCCUUCUCAAUAGCUCGUGCUUUUUACCCUAAAAAAAUACCUACAAAACCAUCAAACUCUUCCACUCUUCUCCCAUUUGCUACUUCCUUCAUUUUCUCUGUCUCCCCCAUCAAAAACUUUAUCACAGGACAUGGCUUUGCCUUCAUAUUCACACCUUCAAGUGGUCUAAAUGGAACAACAUCAACCGAGUAUAUCGGUUUUUUAAAUCUUACAAAUCAAGGUAAUCCUAACGACCAUGUUUUUGGAGUCGAAUUCGAUAUAGUUAGAAACGAAGAAUUCAAUGAUACUGAUGAUAAUCAUGUUGGUAUCGACGUAAACUCUCUAACAUCCGUAUCUUCACAUGAGGCUGGCUAUUGGGGUGGGAAACAUGACAAGAAGUUUAAUGUGUUGAACAUGAACAGUGGAGAAAAUUAUCAAGUAUGGAUUGAGUUUAUGCACUCUCAGAUAAACGUUACGAUGGCUCGGGCAGGACAAAAGAGGCCACGUGUGCCUCUUAUCAGCAUGAAUCUUAACCUUUCUGGAGUUCUUAGGGAUGAAACUUAUGUUGGAUUCUGUGCAGCCACGGGGAAGAAAAGAGAUAGUGUUAAGAUUCUUGCUUGGAGCUUUAGUAAUACAAAUUUUUCAAUUGGUGAUGCUUUAGUAACACACAACUUGCCUUCAUUUGUCCCUCAUAAAGGAUGGUUUUUCGGAGCAAAGGCUAUAGAUGUAGGAAUAACCAGUGUUGUCUGUGUCUUAAUCAUUGGUUGUGCAGUGUUAUUCAUUCGCCAUAUGAGAAACAAAGGAGAAGAAGAAAUUGAAGAUUGGGAAUUAGAGUAUUGGCCACAUAGGAUUAGUUUCCAAGAGAUUCAUGCAGCAACAGGAGGAUUCUCUGAAGAGAAUGCGGUUGCUGUAGGAGGGAACAAAAGUAUAUAUAAAGGGAUUUUGCAAGGCGUUGAAGUCGCUGUCAAGAUAAUCCCUCAAGAGAGAGAAGGGAUGAGAGAGUUUUUGGCCGAGGUUUCAAGCCUAGGAAGACUGAAACAUAGAAAUUUAGUAGGAUUCAGAGGUUGGUGCAAGGAAGAAAAGGGAAACUUGAUUCUAGUUUAUGACUUCAUGACUAAUGGAAGUUUAGACAAAUGGAUCUUUGAGUGUGAAGAAGGAAAGAUGCUAACAUGGGAAGAGAGGAUUCAAGUUUUGAAAAAUGUAGCCACAGGGAUUCUAUACCUGCAUGAAGGUUGGGAAGUCAAGGUUUUGCAUAGGGAUAUCAAAGCAAGCAAUGUUCUACUUGACAAGGAUAUGAAUGCUAGAUUGGGGGAUUUUGGUUUGGCUCUCAUGCAUGAGCAUCACGGACAAGUGGCCAGCACAACAAAAGUACUCGGAACAUUAGGAUACAUUGCUCCAGAAGUGAUUCGAACAGGAAGAGCAUCAACUAUGUCUGAUGUGUUUGGGUUUGGAAUAUUGGUGUUGGAAGUGAUUUGCGGCCGAAGACCUAUUGAUGAACAUAAGCCAGGGCUAAUCGAAUGGAUGGAGUCCCUAAUGGUGCUUGAUCAACUUCACAGUGCUGUUGAUGAAAGGUUGAAGGCUAAGGGAGGAUACACCAUUGAGGAAGCUGAGAGAUUGCUUCAUUUGGGUUUACAGUGUUCAAAUUCAGACCCUAGUGUUAGACCAGUAAUGAGACAGGUUGUGAAAAUGUUAGAGGGAGAAAUGGAAAGCAUUGAAUCUGAUGAAGAAAAUACAGAGAAAAGUUUACUUGGAAGAAUAAAAUCAGCUGCAAUGUGGUCUAGAACUGAAAGUACACUUCCAUAUAGAGAUCACCCUACUUUUGAAGAAAUUAGAAUGUUCAGUUAUAAUUCUAAGACAUCUACAAGUGGCUCAAGUUCAAUUUUACCGUCGGAUUCAGAUAUCAUUCGGGAAGGCCGGUAAUGUUGUAGGUCAUUGGUUGCUGCAGAUUUUAGGUUAUCCAUCAUGUGGCAAUGAAUGAAGAAUAUUCAAGGAAUAGCUUAUUUGGAUAUGAUUUGUGUACACUACCAAAUCAUGGAAGUUGCUAUCCAAUGAGUUAAUUGUUUUCUACUAUAAUUUUUUACAUAUUUCAUAGAAUAUUGUAUUUAUAAAGGCCAAAAUUCUGUGCAAAAUUACACAUGGUGAUCAGAGGAUGUAUGUAAUUUAAACA